CUUGCCGGUGUCUGCAUCGCACGGCUCACUGUGCUCGUGCAAAUGAUCAAAGAUUUCACGUUCUUGCAAAUUAUCUACUAUCUUGUGCUCACGUCGUUCACCUUUGCCAAUUUCGGUCAACCAGUAAAGCAGUUUCGCUGGUCGACAAAUCCGCUGUGGUGCAUUUCAAUCCUUGUCAUUCUUGUCGUUCAAACCUUCUGGUUCCUCUUGCAUGCGCUUCGUUGGGACGAAACUGUUCACACUCGAUUGAUUCACUUGCUCCAUCCCGCGGUGAUCGCUGUGGAUGUGAUUUGGUGUCCCAUUUUGGUUAUCCUAAAUGAGAUCGUCUCGUGGAAAGAGCGCAGUACAGAACCAAUCGGAAAUCCUCAUCAAUGUCGUCUUUCACUAGCAGCUAUUGUGGACCUAACCGGAUUGGUACACUCACUAGACUCAAUUGCGCUUGCGUGUAUUGCCUGUUCGACCUGUUUCGCUCGUUCUAGUUUCCAGCAUGUGCUUUUCGGGGCGAAAAUGAUGGGUGAACGAUGA